CCUACAGAAUGCCGGUCGAGUAAUAAAACACUGCGCGUUUACAUAUCACCAAACAGUUCGGUGUUCGGUGAAUGUGUGUUCCCGCUUUACUUUCUCUGCGCGCGCGCUUUUCAGCGUCCAAGUCUAUUCAUAGACAAUAAAAACUUUUUAAAGAAACUUUUUAGUUUAAUGUACCUAAGUGUUGUGUUGUGUUAAGCACUAAGAUGGCGGCCUCGCUUGUAAGACUCGGCUUGCGUUCCAUAGCCCUGAAUUUGGAAAGGACGGCGGCCCUUCUCUCCACUACCACAGUACAGAACCAAAUUAAGUUGAUCCACUCAAAGGCGACGUGUACCGGCACGGUAUGUUACCUGCCGGAGCGCGAGGCGGAGCUGGACCGUGGCAUCUGCCGCCGCUAUAGCAAACAGCACGGCCGCCCUGACCAGCAUCGCAGGCAGGACAGCGACAGUGCCAGCGAGUCAGACUCCGAUACUGAGUGCAAGGGAUUCGAUAGGUCAGAGUUCUGGCGGCGCAAGAUGCGCACUGUACACAACAUCCUGGACGUGGACAAGGACGGCCUCAUCUCCUUCAGCGACUUUCAGCUCUUCGCAGACAGGUUCAAAGCUCUGGGACAUCUGGAUGAGGAGCAGGCUAAGGAGUUCACCGCUAUUAUUAGAAUGACGUGGGAGGAGCAGUGGGGCGCCAUAGACCCGUACAACUUUGUGACGGUGGAGCAGUACCUGGAGGACAUGCACCACGUGCUCACUGACAGAUCUCUCAAGAAGCGAGCGCAUCGCUGGCUGCCCUAUCUCUUCAAGGCUGUAGACAAGGACAAGUCGGGCUACAUAUCUGUGGCGGAGUUCAAGUUGUUCUUCCAGUGCCUGGGACUGGACAACGAGCACGCGGCCGUCGCAUUCGCUGUCAUCGAUACUAACGGGGACGGCAAGUUGUCUCUGAAGGAGUUCGUGAAGUUGGGCAAAGACUUCUUCUUUACUGAGGACGAGAGCAAAGUCUCCAAGAUGUUUUGGGGGCCGCUGAUCGACGUGUGAGAUCCGGUCACAUCACUUGACUACAUCACUCCAAGACUGUAUUAGUUAGGAAUAUUCACUCACUCGGAGAUUUUAAGUGGCCAUUAAGGGUUGUUUAGCGAAGAUUUAAUAUGAAAAAACUAUUAGUUGAGUGAAUAUUAGUUUUUAUUAAAUGUAGUUCAGUGUAGUUUUUUAGUCUGUAAAGACGAUAAAAUGUAUGUAACAUUCCGAAUGUAAUCAUAUGACUAGCUGUUGCCCGCGACUCCGUCUGCGCGAAGUUAAAAAAAAUCAUAAUUACUAGCCGAUGUG